AUGGUCCCCGGCCUGCUUGCUGCAUCCAUUGAACAAAAACUUUGGUUCACAGCAGUUAUGCAACCUCAGAAACACCUGAGAGGAUCUGAGAGUACACUGCUCUGUGUUCACACUCGUUCCUUCCAUUACAAACAAGACAUUAACUUGGUGACCCUUGUACCAACCCUGUAUAUUACUCCUCUUUUACAGCUGGAAGAAAUGGAGUCAAAUAGUGGCGCGAGGACGUUGGUCUGUGGUGCGGCAGUCCCCAGGCGCCGGCUCCCGCCCUGGCCAUUUCCGCGGGCCUUUAGGCUGCGGGCCCGAGUCCCGCCCUCCGCCCCUACCCUCUCCGAGCCGCUCUGGCUGCGGACACCCUUGUGUGGCUUCGGUCUAAUGCGGUCCCCGCCGCUGGUGCUCCUGCUGCACCGGUUUGGGACCGGAAACACCUUGUUCUGCCGGCAAGCCCAACCCAUGAAUCCGGGUGCAGCGGCGGGGCGGGGUGCGCCCCGACGGCGGUGGAAACGCCGCCCGCGGUGCCUGCGGCUGUCUUCGGUGUUCGGAUCUGACCCGCAGCGCGGCAACGACCUGCUGCUGCUGCCGCCGGCGGCGGGGGAGAGACUGGAGCCGCGGGGUCUCCCCGUGGAUCUGGAGCCCCGGCAUCAAGUCCUCUAUUUCCCCGGGGAUGUGCAGAAUUACCAUGAAAUUAUGACUCGUCAUCCUGAGAAUUAUCAGUGGGAAAGUUGGAGUCUAGAAAACGUUGCCACCAUUUUAGCUCAUCGGUUCCCCAAUAGUUAUAUUUGGGUGAUAAAGUGCUCCCAGAUACAUUUGCACAAAUUCAGCUGCUAUGACAACUUUGUGAAAAGCAACAUGUUUGGUGCCCCAGAACAUAAUACUGACUUUGGAGCUUUUAAGCACCUUUAUAUGUUGUUAGUUAAUGCUUUUAACUUAAGUCAGAAUGGUUUGCUGAAGAAUGUGAAUGUUUGGAAUAAGGACUCCAAAGCAUCUGACUAUAGAUCAAAUUCUUCUAGUAAUGGUUGCCAGGUAGAAAAAGAGAAGACCUGUAAAAGAUUUGAUGAAUCAACCAUGAGUGAGAGUGGUUCUACACCAUCACUAAAAGGUGCAUCUUUCACUCUGAUUGGAUUCAGUAAAGGUUGUGUUGUUUUGAAUCAGUUACUUUUUGAAUUAAAAGAAGCCAAGAAAGACAAGACCAUAGAUGCUUUCAUCAAAAGCAUAAAAACAAUGUAUUGGUUGGAUGGUGGUCAUUCUGGAGGAAGCAAUACUUGGGUUACAUAUCCAGAAGUCUUAAAAGAAUUUGCACAAACUGGAAUUACUGUUCACACCCAUGUAAGAUCUUACCAAGUAAGUGAUCCAAUGAGAUCUUGGAUUGGAAAAGAGCAUAAGAAAUUUGUUCAGAUACUUAGAGAUUUUGGUGUGCAGGUGACUAGCCAGAUUCACUUUGCAAAGAAAGCUCCUUCCAUAGAGAAUCACUUCAGGGUUCAUGAAGUAUUUUAAGACUACAGCAUAUUACUGUACUUUAACAUGGUAGAGCA